CAAAAUGUCUUGUUCUAUACUUUCACUUGGUGGCGCUAAUGCACCGUUCAGCUGAGAAGCGAAAAGGAAGCAUAUGAAGAAGAAAAAGAGGAAGUCCUUCCGCCGCUUGGCCCGCGAAACUCUGCUCUUCUGUUUACGUGUGCCGGAGGACGAGAUGUGUUAGAGCUCAAAUGAUUCUGUUCUUCGAUUAAAUAUUUGUUUCCUGGUGAAAUCAACAGGUGUUCACCAUGUUGAUGAGCCCGGAGCAGGAGGCUCUGAUUGGCCGGGUAUUUGAAAGCUACCUGACAGAUCAUCACCAUGACGACAUCCUCCAGCUGAUCGAAGACGGCGAUGAAGAGACCCGACACCCUGUGGUCGUAAACGCCAUGACGCUGUUUGAAGCAAAUAUGGAGGUGGGAGAUUAUUUUAACGCCUAUCCCCACCAUGUGCUGGCUAUAUUUGACAAAGUGUUACACAGAAGAGCCAUGGACUUAGCAGAGAAAGUCUCCCUGAAGCCCAGACUGAGACACGCCCCUCAUGCCAGAAUCACAGGUCUGCCCGUGUGUCCCGAGCUCACCAGAAACACCAUCCCCAGGUCCAGAGAUGUCGGACACUUUCUGUCCGUCACCGGCACAGUCAUACGCACCAGCGUUGCCAAGGUGCUGGAGUACGAGCGGGAUUACAUGUGCAACAAGUGUCGCCAUAUUUUCACGGUGCAGGCAGAUUUUGAUCAGUUCUACACCUUUGUACCUCCUGUGUCCUGUCCUAACCCCGACGCCUGUCACUCCUUUAAAUUCACCUGUCUGACUGACGGAUCUGAGCCCGGAGCCUGUCGAGACUACCAGGAGAUCAAGAUCCAAGAGCAGGUGCAGAGGCUGUCAGUGGGCAGUAUUCCUCGUUCCAUGGUGGUGAUUCUGGAGGACGACCUGGUUGACAUCUGUAAAUCUGGUGACGAUGUGACCGUGUACGGCGUGAUGGGUCAGCGCUGGAAGCCAUUCUACGACGGCACUCGCUGCGACGUGGAGCUGGUGCUCAAAGCCAAUAACAUCGAAGUAAACAACCAGCAGGCUGCAGCGGCUCUGCUCAUGAAGGACAUUCAGAAAGAGUUUGAUGAAUUCUGGGAAAGCUCUAAACAUGAUCCCAUGGCUGCCAGGAACCAGAUUCUGUUGAGUCUGUGCCCUCAGGUGUUUGGCAUGUACGUGGUUAAACUGGCGGUUGCCAUGGUGUUGGCUGGUGGCGUGCAGAGAAUAGAUUCUUUGGGGACAAAGAUCAGAGGUGAGUGUCACAUGCUGCUGGUGGGCGACCCCGGCACAGGGAAGUCUCAGUUCCUGAAGUAUUCAGCUAAGAUCAUGCCUCGCUCUGUUCUCACAGCUGGGAUUGGAUCAACAAGUGCAGGACUGACCGUAGCAGCGGUGAGAGACGGAGGUGAGUGGCACCUGGAGGCUGGAGCUCUGGUCCUGUCAGACGGAGGUCUGUGCUGCAUCGAUGAGUUCAACAGCAUCAAAGAACAUGACCGCAUCAGCAUCCAUGAAGCCAUGGAGCAGCAGUCCAUCAGUGUGGCCAAAGCUGGUAUAGUGUGUAAGCUAAACACUCGCACCACCAUUCUGGCAGCCGCCAACCCUAAAGGCCAGUACGACCCCAACGAGCCGCUGUCUGUCAACGUGGCCCUUGCCAGCCCUCUACUCAGUCGAUUCGACCUGGUUCUUGUUCUGCUGGAUACCAAGAACGCCGAGUGGGACCGUGUCAUCUCCUCCUUCAUCCUGGAGGACAGAGGACUUCCUGCUGAGUCUUCAGGCCUGUGGUCCAUGGAGAAAAUGAAGGCUUAUUUCAGUGUGAUCAAACGGCUGCAGCCGCAGCUGUCUGAAGAUGCCAACAGCAUCCUGACCCGUUACUACCAGCUGCAGAGACAGAGUGACAGACGCAACGCUGCACGCACCACCAUCCGAAUGCUGGAGAGUCUGAGCAGACUGGCUGAAGCUCAUGCCAAGCUCAUGUACAGAGAGACAGUGACCAUAGAGGACGCCAUCAUGGCUGUCUCUGUUAUGGAGUGCUCCAUGCAGGGUGGAGCUCUGCUGGGGAAUGUAAAUGCUUUACUCACCUCGUUCCCCGCUGUGCCCUGUGAGCAGUAUCACACUCAGUGUCGGACUCUGCUGCAGGGACUCAACCUGUCUCAGUUGCUGCAGAAGGAGACCAGCAGAUUGAGCAGGAUGAAGAGGGACGCCUCAGGCGUGCCAUCACCUGAUGAUCCCCAGCAUCAACUCAGAGACCCAGACUCCGCCCCCUGCAGAAACAGACAUGAUGUGACGAGCAGCUGUAAGGGUGAUGUCACAGUAGAGGGAGGCCUGGAUUGGUUUCACUCCAUCGAUCAGUCACUGUCGCCUGACGGCAUGGCCCCGCCUGUCAUUACAUCCACUCAGGUGAACCUGAAAACAGGAGGAAACUCAGAAAGGUCAGGGACAAACGGCGUGAUCAGGGACCGCACGUUAAUCCGCGAUGCUGGUGUCACCUCCGCUUCACAGGAAGAAAAGCAGGAGAAGAAGAAACAAUCUGAGAGACGGACAGAUCAUCCAGAGUCCUCAAGGUUUGUGUUCCAAAAAGUCUCUAAGAAACUGCGAGACAAACGAGUGAAGGAGCUGAGUGGUCUUCAUCAGGAGCCUGCCUCAGAGGGGGCGGAGUCUACCUCAGAGGGAGGAGGAGGGGGGGCGGAGCCUGCCUCAGAGGGAGGAGGAGGAGAGGGGGCGGAGCCUGCCUCAGAGGGAGGAGGAGGAGGAGGAGGAGAGGGGGUAGGGCCUGCUGAUAAACAUGUGUCUGACAGGAGCAGCUCACUGCCAUUGGAUAACUCCAAACCCUCCAAACGCUUUGUCAAGAAUCACCUGAGCAGCGCCGGCUCAGAAAGAACACCUGAGGAGGACAACAGGAGAGACGAGACCAAAGACAUCAGUGCUGCACUGAGGGAGAAGAAGACCGACGAGGAAGAAACAGGAGAAGAACUGCGCUCAAAGUUGUCCGGGUUUAUAUUCAAACCAAGAAAGAUGAGAGCUUCAGCACACAGUGACAUCCUGAAGGUCAGCGCAGGAAUCCUGGAUGAGACAGGGAGCGGAAGAAGUGAAGUGAAAGGAGCUGGUCAGGAUGACACAGAGAAGAAAAGUCUGAAUCAGAGAGAUUUGGAAGGUGAAGGCAGCGAGAAGGAGGACGAGUCUGCAAGCAGAAGAAUGAUGGGAAGUGAUGACAUCAUAAAGUCUCCUGUGGCUUCAUCAACGCUCGCCAAACUCUCCAGAUUCUCCUUCAGCUGCUCCAAGGAACAAUCGGCUGCAGCUCAGACUGACGAGGACAUGAAUCCUCAAAGAGAAGAUACCCAGAGAACAGAUCCUCCUGCAGGACUGAAACCUGUGAGAAUGGUGGACCAAAUCAAAGAUUUGUUAAACCCAGGACAGAGACACCGACAGUUUGAUCCUGCAGAAACAUUGAAGGACGUUCCUGCUGAACUGCAGAUUCCGGUCGGUGUGAGGAAGAGGAAGUGUUUUGAGCUGGGCCGUCCUCACAGCAGUUCUGCUUCGUUCUCUCUCUUCGGUUCUGUGGACUUCAGUAACGACGUCCUCGACACUGACUGGGACCAGGAGGUUUCUAAGAGAGCCAAAAUCUGAACUCUCACUGGAUCAAAGGCAAUACUGUACCAAAGAAAUGCAGGAUUUUCUGCGUUUCUGUGUCCAGUUUAUAAAUGGAGUAGACAAUAUGUUCAUUCUUCAUUCUCUCCUGCUGACUCAUUCAGAUGUUUUUUCUCACUUGAAAUUCUGAAAUUUGCCUGCAGACAAGGAGACUGCUUUCUUCAUUGUUUGCAGCAUUACAUUUUCUGUUGCUUCAUCACAGCAUAAUAAUCAUGUUUAUCUCUUGAAUAUAAAGAGAUGUUCCAUAGCAUGGGGAUGUGCAAAGAAAAAGAUCUUCAAUACAAUUUUAGAGUUUGUGUUUUUUAUCAUUUUCUUGAUUACUUGAAAAUGACAGUUUGUAUGCACUGAGCUCAAAUAUAUCACCAACAUAUAACAGACUAAACACAGUUACAUUGUGAAUUUAAUUAGAAUGAAUGAAGUGCUCAUGUGUGUAAACACAAACAGCUGAGUGUUGAUCAGCUGAUGUCAUCAUCUCAAACAGACGUUGCUUCACAUGAUGCUGCAGAGGAAAGGACGUCUCGUGUCUUCAAAAAUAUUUCCUUGUUCCUCUCUCCUCUUUUCCUCGUUUCUCUCCAUGCAUCUCUGGUGGGAGGGACUAGGAUGCAAGGGGAGGAAGUAAGUGUUGAAAUUUGGAUUUAAUUUAAGAGACAUGAGAAGUCAGACUAAGAGCUUAGGUUACCAUAGUGACAGACUUAGAGCUUAAGUUACCGUAGAGACAGACUCGGAGCUGAAGUUACCAUAGUGACAGACUCGGAGCUUAAGUUACCAUAGAGACAGACUCGGAGCUUAAGUUACCAUAGAGACAGACUCAGAGCUUAAGUUACCAUAGAAACAGACUCGGAGCCUAAAUUAGCAUAGAAACAGACUCAGAGUUCACGUCACCAUAGAAACAGACUCAGAGUUUAGGUUACCAUAGUGACAGACUAAGAGCUUAAAUCACCGUAGAAACAGACUCAGCUUACAUAUUAAACAUCUUCUCUGUAACUAGUAUGACAUUACACAUUAAUGUAACGUUAACCUGAGUAGCUGUAGUUUUUACUUACUUAAAUUACCUACUCAGUCCCAAAUAUCUCACAUUCACACGUCUACCCUGAAGUCCCGAAAAGUUGAAAAAAAUUUGCAUGCAAGAUAUUAACUUGUGCGCACAACAUUUUUUUGGACUUCAGGGGCUCCGUAGACAGCUAUGGGUGCGCACAUAGAAACUUGUGAACAGAGUUUUUUUUUCAUUUUUCUAAGUAUGUAACCCUUCAGUAAAGGGUUAAGAAUUCAGUGUUUAUAUUGAUGUCAGGUAAUGUUUAUAAAGUUCAAACGUUACAUUUUGUGAACCUGCAGUAACUUCUUUUUGAUCAUAUUCUAUAUGUUGUUACAACAUUUCACUUAUGUUGAGUUAUCUCAAUAAGGCUGACCUUUUUGCAGAGGCAAAUUAAUUCCAAAUUAACUUUUGAAAUAAUUAUAAUUAUCUUGUGCGCACAAGAUAUAUUUUUUGUACUUUUUGGGACUUCAGGGGCUCCGUACUUCACCAUCCUAGGAAUUGCAGCAAACUACUGAAUAUUUUCAAUCAAUCAAUGGUGUGAAUCAGAUUUAGAAGUGGGUCUACUCUAUGGAGACUGAACAAUAAGUGAGUGUCGUCACUCAGUAUAUACCUGCGUAUGCCCUGCACUACCACACCACUGAUUACAGCCUCCAUCUGGGUUGUUCUACCUUUCUACAAUUAUAUACAGUGUCUGCCCACAGUAAUCUGUUUUUUUUUAUGUCCCGCUCUAUGGGCCAGUCCUUCCCUUAGCAUUAUACCCAGCUCUUCCUCAGUGAUAUCCACAAUGUCUAAAAACCUUUUGCCCCUUUUGUGGAACUCGUUUGAGCCACAUUUGUGGGGACGGUCUUCAAACUUUUAAAGGACACCAAUGAGACUGAAGGACCAGAUAUGCACUACUGGGUCACUUCCUGCAUUUGGUACAUCCCCUUUUUUAAGAUUCUGUCAUUUGUACAUUUGUUUGGGGACUGGUAAAAGUGUUCUGGGUUUUGUAAUUUUGUUUUUUAAAAUGUGAAAAAAAAACAACUUCUCAGCCACCGUAGUGAAGGACUGACUAGUAUGUACUAACUAAAUGUUGAUGAGUAGUCUCAUUUCACUGUUCAUUACAAAGGCAGUUUUUCCUCUGCUGGAUGGGUCACCUUAAAAGAACAUUUUUGGAAACUUAAGAGUAUGUCCACUUCUUCAGCCACCAGUACACCACUGGCUGUAAUGCAACACAUGGAUGCCAAACGCCAUAAAACUCAUCAGAAGAUAUGUAUGUAGUACACACUCAUAGACUGUGGAGGGCAGCAUUACACUCUAAAGUGCACAGCCUGCCGGAAUAUCAUUCAAAGAAGAGUAAUGUUUGUAGUUUCCGGGUUCUGUCAGUUAGCGUGUAUGUCUGUGCUAACGUUGUAGAUUACCAGAGUAAUGUUAUAAAGACGUCAGAGUUGAGUUCUUCUGUGACUCUUGGAUGUGUGUCAGAUGUCCGGGUUUCAGGAUCUUAAAGAUUUGUUCAGACGGCGGCUGCUCGCUGCGGUUAUCAGAGAUAUAUCAGAAACAACAUGUGGAUACGACAAAGAAAAGUGCUGGAUGUGAUUUUAACACCUGAAAUCAAGCUGCAGAGAGCAGGGUCAAUGCUGAAGUUUGUUACUAAGGGUGACAUGGAGCCAGCGCCCAGUACGUCACAAGGGCCAUCAAGCACCAUGUCUACUGAAGCAGUCUCACCCAGCACGUCACCCGUCAUUCAUCAAAACAUACCUCCGCUCAUCAAUGGCGCAAGAACGCUUGAGUGGCCUGGCUAUCAUAAGCAUCAACUCAGAAGUGGCACAGCAGCUGUCAUGUGACGACCUCAUUGAUGACUUUGCAUCCAGAAAAUGCAGACGUGUGCAUCUGUAAAAGGCUUGUUCCAUUGUUGAUAGAGGCUGUUCAUUUGAUUUGUUCCUACUAAUAAACCUAAAUGGCAUUUCG